UACCGCGGCGCAGUGCAUUGUGGGGCGGAAGAGGAGAGUCACCGCUCUGCUGGGGCCGCCAUCUUGCCUGCGUCCGGAUUCGCUCCCGCUUUCGCGGCCUGCUCCUUCUCCUCGCAGCGCAAAGCAGGGGAAAGGGAGAGGACGAGGGGCCCGCCCGGGCGGCGCCGAUGCGUGCAGAGCCUCCUCGCACCUCUCUCGGGCGCCGCUAGCGAAGGGGGCGGGGGGUGGUCGGGCGGUCGCCGGCGCGGCCUCUCCUCUCCUUUGCCGGGAUGGGCCGGUCCCGCAGCCGGAGCUCGUCCCGCUCCAAACACACCAAGAGCUCCAAGCACAACAAGAAGAACCGGAGCCGGUCGCGGUCCCGCUCCCGGGAGAAGGAGCGGGCGCGGAAGCGCUCCAAGUCCCGGGAGAGCAAGCGGAACCGUCGCCGGGAGUCCCGGUCCCGCUCCCGCUCCAACACGGCCCCCUCCUCCCGCCGCGACCGGGAGCGGGAGCGCGAUCGCGCCUCCUCCCCGCCCGACCGCAUCGACAUCUUCGGGCGCACGGUGAGCAAGCGCAGCAGCCUGGACGAGAAGCAGAAGCGGGAGGAGGAGGAGAAAAAAGCGGAGUUCGAGCGGCAGCGGAAAAUUCGUCAACAAGAAAUUGAAGAGAAACUCAUAGAGGAAGAAACUGCUCGAAGAGUGGAAGAGCUUGUGGCUAAACGUGUAGAAGAAGAGUUGGAGAAAAGGAAGGAUGAGAUUGAGCGAGAGGUUCUCCGCAGGGUGGAGGAGGCUAAGCGCAUCAUGGAAAAACAGUUGCUCGAAGAACUCGAGCGACAGCGACAAGCUGAACUUGCAGCACAAAAAGCCAGAGAGGAAGAAGAGCGUGCAAAGCGUGAGGAACUAGAGCGAAUACUGGAAGAGAAUAAUCGAAAAAUUGCAGAAGCACAGGCUAAACUGGCUGAAGAACAAUUGAAAAUUGUUGAAGAACAAAGAAAGAUUCAUGAGGAGAGGAUGAAACUAGAACAAGAGAGACAACGUCAGCAAAAGGAAGAGCAAAAAAUUAUCCUGGGCAAAGGGAAGUCUAGGCCAAAACUGUCCUUCUCACUAAAGAGCCAGGAUUAAAUUGCAACUCUGAACUCUUAAAAGAAAAAAAAAGAAACAAACAAACAAAAAAAACAACAAAAAAAGGAAAACAAACAAAAAAACUUUGUAUGGUAGCUUCAUGUUGAAGUGGUUUUUUUUUUCUCUCAAUUUUUUUUUUUUGUCUUUUUUGAAAGUCUGGAAAGUUAGCUUGUUCUAAUAGGGGCUGUGCUCUGCAAUUCUUAAUUUUUUUUAAACUUCCAUUACGUUAAACCCUUAUCAGAUCAUUGUUGCCUUUUAGAGGGUAAUCUGUUUUCAUCAAUUUUGUUUCUGUAUUAGUGGCCUGAAGCAGAUCAGGUCACUUUAUGAAUUGUGGAUGAUCUGAUAAGGUUUUACUGACCUACGCAUCAGAGUUUGACUCUGAUAAUUGACAGAACUUUAUACUGGGUAUUGCUGACUUUUAAUUUUAUUUUUUUUUUUUUUAAAAGUCAGUAAAUACAUGAGUAAAUUGCCAUAGUAUUACUGGACCUCUGUGGUUUAUUGUUAAAUCAGUGUCCUAUGAUACUGUCCCAUUGUUGCUCUUGAUGUUCCUGAUACAGGUAAGGAAAUAGUUUGUCACUUCUGCUAUGAAUACAUAGAGAGAGUUCAGUAUUGUCUCUGUUAGAUUUGUUUUUAUUACGUUGACAGCAUUCAACCAGCGUUCCCCAUUGUGUAAAUAAACCAAUUUGCUGAAUAAAGUGAAAGUCUUAAAUUCA